AUGGAGGGCGCCGAGGUCAACCACGGCAACAUCUUCAACAUACGCUCGUCUCCUGAUGGCAACAGGGACAGGGAAGAGUAUGCCAGACAGCAACGAGCGCGCAUCGACCAGCGCCACGCAGCGACUGCGCUCAACGGCAAGAGCUCUGCCAAAGCUGUCCCGACACCUUCAAUAUUUAUCCCAAAGAAGAAGCCGAACGCGCUUUCUUCUGGAUCUCAGGGCAGCUCCCAGGGGACAUCGGCAGCCAUCGCCGCCAAACGUCGCCUUGACAGGGACGCUGUUCAGGACGACUCGCCUCGAGCUUCCUCGUCGGCUCUUCAAACGAAAUCACGGACCAGAGCACCUCCAAAGGAUUUCGCAAUAGAGUUGUCGGAUGAUUCGUCACCUCUGAACAAGCCGUUUGCGACCAGCGCAUCCCAGCGCAGCAAAACUACGAGCUCGGGCUUGGGGAAUUCAGAGAUGCAACGGAGGGACAGGGAGAUUGAGAGGGCGGAAGAGAGAAAGCGAAGAAAUGCAGAGAUCGAGAGGGAAGAGAAGAGGACAAAGGACAAGAUGGGGGAGAAGGAGAAGAAUGCUCCCAGCAACAAGAAGAGUGCGGCUGAUGAUAUAUAUGCGAGCAUCUUCGCAACGCGCGACAAACUCCAUGCCAUUGAGGCGGGUCAGCCAUCUCUUUCGUCGUCGAACCCGACCGAGAGACAGAAGGCCAAAAGCAGGACUUCUCCCGUUGCGAUCCCCGACAAACCAAAAAGCAAAGGCAAGGGCAAAGGCAGGGAAGAGUACGAUUGCAUCGACCUUAUCAGUCCUGCCAAAACCCGGCAUGCCAAACGUCCAACUGCCAAACAAGCUUCUUCGUCCGAGUACGAUACUGUGAACGAAGACGAUGACAAUUCCGACGACGAACUGGCUCUAGGCAACACCCCUCCCUCCCAUAAGCACGACAUCUAUCGCUCCUCCCGUGCUCCUCCCUCUUCCCUUCCCCGGCCGUCUUCUCAGCGCUCGCACGCUUCAACACACAGCGAGCAAGUCUUGAUCCCAGAUUCUGAUGAAGAGUCUUCUCCUGGGCAAUCCUCGGGGGCUAGCCGCGUUAGGAAGAGAGGCAGUCCCGAGAGAGUCGCUGCUCCUGGGUACGGUGAUGACGACGACGAUUAUUACAGGGACAAUUCAAAGAAGAAGAAGAAGAAGAGGAUGAUGGAUAAUGGGACUGGAAAGCUUGCCAGACAAGGUGUACGAGAAGAGAGGGAGAAGAGUUUGGAGUCUGUGCCGUCGGAACCGUUAUCUCGAGCCACAUCUAAGAAUCCAUUCGCCGCCACAAGCCGGACCAAAUCCACAGCCCUCCCCCCCGACAAGAACGCACCCAAACCCAAACCCAAACUCAAACCCCCCCCACCUCGACAGCGUCAAAUGUUCAACCAAAAAACUACUGGUGGUAAAAUCACCAUCGUCUCUGACGACGAUGCAAGCUCGGAAGAAGAGCUCGACGAAGCAAGCAAAGAGCUAUUACGCAAACAAAUGCAGAUCAAAGCGCAGCAGCGUGCCAACGACAGACAGUUACGCGCACAUGACGGAGCCAAAAAAGAAGAGGCAAGAAAGAAGGAGCAACAGCAAAAGAAGGCUGCAGGGAAGGCCAAGAAGGUUGUCGAUGAGAAUGAUAAAGGACAUUCAUUCUUCAAGAUGUUGGAAAAUAUGGACGUGCAUGAUGAUUUGGAAGAGUUUGAUGACGAUUUUUUGGAUGGACCAUCAUUCAAUCUUGAUACGACGAUGGAAGAGGAUGAUGAUGAUGAUGAUUGGUUGGUCGGAAAUUAUACGGACGCUCAGCGUAAAUGGAUCUUACGACAUGUGAACACGAGAAACCUUUGUCCUUAUUGCGACGAGCCCCUCCCCUUGAACCCCACGGAGCAUAUCGAGAAUCUUAAAGCAAGACUCGAGAAACUUUCCAAGCCAGCUCCCACCACCAGAAACCCCAAUGCGCGCGAUCUUCACUGGCAACAAGCCAUCGAGUUUUGCACUCUGCAUCGCGCCGAAGCUACCAUCAUUCCGCUAGGCAUCCAAGCUGGCUAUCCCGAAACGAUCGAUUUCAAAAACCUGGAUAGUCGGCUGGAGGAGGGAUGGGUGUGGGCAGAGAUUGAAAAGAUUGUAAAAGACCCGAGCAGGUCGGAGAUGUUUUUACAGGUGAAAAGGGAGAUUGAGAGUGUCGGCAAGAUGAGGUGGGGCGGGAUCAUGCAUCAGAGUAGGGCGGAGCGAUUGUUGGCUGUCAAGCCGGGAUACUACGGAGAAUUGGGUCGAGUCAUCAUGACCGACCACUUUCAGAAACUCCAGCAAUGGAAUUAUCUCUCCCCCUGCGUCCCGCCCGCCCGUCCGGGCUCGGACGUCACAGACGACCUCAUCCUCCCCAUCAGUCCCCUAUCCGCGGCCGACUUUAUCGCCAAUGUUCUUGUUCCUGAAGCCUCCAUCUUUCUCAUCAUGGAUGACAACCAAUGUCGUUCGUUUGAUAGAGACGCGUAUGACGACGCGGCGAGGACGAGGGAGGAGAGCGCCCAAUAUGGAAACACCAAGUUCAGAGAAGGGGAUCGGCAGGCAAAGAAGUUACUGGAGGAACUGAGGAAGGGAGCACCGAAGAAGAGGGAGAGGGUCAAGAGGCUUUUGGGGAAAAAGAAAGUCAAACCUACCAAUAAGGAGGGUGACGAGAACAAGGAGAAUCGCAGGCCGGCUUCGUCGGGGGCACCAGCCGAGACUGGAGAAUCUUCUACAAAGAAGGCUUCUCAGCAAAGCUCGGAUAUGUGGGAAGGGGAGAUUGAUGAUGCCACGUUGCUGGGACUUGGUUAUUGA